AUGAUCUCCGGGAGGAUCUCUUCAGCCGAGUGCAGCACAUGGCAUGCUGUAACCCUUACUAUAACUGUUGGUGUGGUUGCAGUGAACCUCCUAUCAAUUAUUCUUUUUGUAAGGAACAGUAAUCUUCGCACUCGUGCCAUGUACUUGGUUAUAAACUUGUCCGUGGCUGAUAUGUUUGUUGGGGGAAGUACCACUUCCUUUGUAGUAUUUCAUUUCCUCCUCUACGGUUGCGAAUUUGGAGAUGUAUUUUUCAUCCGGCGGAAAUUGCCACCUGUUUUUCUUGUGCUUUCCACGAUCCAGGCGUGGCUCCCUCUCACCUCUGUAACAGGCAUUGCAGCAAUUUCUUUGGAUCGGAUGCAUGCGACGUUUCGUCCAUUCAGGCAUCGCAACAUCCAAAAACGGGCCUACGGGGUAACAAUUGCGGGCGUCUGGAUUUUAACUGCGAUGAUAGCAAUUCCCUUGCCCUUAAUAAGUCUCUAUGUGAACUUGCAACAACAGUGGCAAUUGUUUUUUGCUUUGUUCUUAUGGCUCUCAUAUUGCUGCCUUUGCCUUAUUGUUAUCUGUGUUUCUUACACCUCCAUUGCUUUAAAAUUUUGGUGUGGAACUCGUCCUCCGUCCCAUGGUGCUGCCAAUAUACAAAGAAAACUGACUGUGACAUUAUUCAUAAUGACCAUUGUAUCUUUGCUGCUGUGGUUACCAUUUGUUGUACAUACUUUUGUUCUCCGUUCUGUUCUAGUUAGAUUUUCUUUCCUGACACAUUUACGCUUGACAUUAUUUUUUUCUCUUUUAUACUUCACAAACUCGCUUGUUAAUCCUAUUGUUUACACAAUCAGAAUGCCAGAGUUCAGAAGAGCUCUCCUGAAAUUAUUUAAACGUCGACAAAGACAAAAUGCUGCUAUUCCUCUUCAAGCCCGUUAA